AUGUCUAGCAUUCGUGUGAGAGACAGAUUGAAACAAAAACGUUUCUGGCUGUCUAAGUAUCGGUAUUCUUGUUUCCCCGAAGUUAACGAGGUCGACUAUGUUAUCCAAUCCCAGAGCGGGGCGACAGUCGCCCCCAAUGCUAUGGACCCGCAGAUGCAAGCAGCAAAAAACACCCUGCCAGAGACCACUGAUGAAUUCCGAUCGCGGCUGAAGUCGGAGCUUGACCAGCAUCAGCAAGAGAACCAAUUUUACGGUGUCUGCUACGACCUUCAUUCAGCGCUGCGUACAAAGGCCUCGAAAAUCACACACCAGCUUCUCCUACAGUCCUACUUUGAGCCUGAGACUAUUCCCUGUGGAGAUCCGUUUCUCUAUGAUUCUAUUCGACAAUUGAUCGCUGCGCUCGAUGAGGCCGAGGCCGGCGAGAAAAAUGCAGAGAAUGACUGGAAAAGAUACUGGAACAUCUCUCCAGCAGCGUCGGUACCUGGUUGGAUUUGA